AUGUUUUCGUUUCUCAAGUCUAUCGCCGGCUUUGGGUCGCAGUCGACGGCCACCGCCGACGACGACCUGAUCCGAGAGCAGCUCAACGACGAUCUCGAAGACCACUACGAAGAAGACAUGGAUAAAGACGCCGACAAAGACGGGGACCAAUUGAGUGACACCUCGUUUACCGACUCGUCCGACGACGACAUGCCGUUGACUAACGGCGGCCGCAGACCAGUGGUUGUCGACCGCGUGAAUGGACGCAAAGACUUGAAGACCACCGACGAGGAGGAAGAGGAGGGCGUCUGGAAUGAGGAGUGGAACGCAUUGGAAGAGUUGGCAUCCGAUGACAGACUCAAACUCGUGGACACCGACGGCAAAGGUGUGUCCGUAAAGGGAAUGAUCACUGAAUGCGGAGACAAUGAGAUAGUGGUCGACGAGAAACACCGCAUCAAAUAUAGCCGGUCCACUUUUGGCCAACUCUUUACCGGAGAUCUCGUGAAUGUGGAGACUAUUGGCGCCGAAGUGUUGGUAAAGCCGUUGCGGUUUAAGAUAUUGACGGGAAAGGUAUCGGAAUACCAGAGAAAUUACAAUCGAUACAUCUUCUCCGGACACGCUGUGAUUCGCAAAACUGAUGAAACGCAACACUUGAGAGUCGGAGACAUUGAGAAAAUGAUUGUAAUCGAGACCAGAAACGAUGUCUUUAACUGGAGAGCCAUUAUCUACAGUAAGUUCUACGAUGUAGAAGACGGCAAAAGGGAUCAAAUCGAUGUCUACACCGACGAUCUGAUGGCCAAUAAAAACUCAAUCGAAAUCACAGAUGGAAUCAAUUUCAAAGAGAUGAGAGUCGGGACAGAGAAGAAGAUUUUCGUUUACAUUAAAAAUCGGGGUAAAAGAGCCCAAACUCUGUUGUCAUGUGAGGCGGAAGAGGGCGAGAAUCAGAUCCGUUUCAAUGCAUUUUUUUCGACGUACUCUAAGCCGAGUGAAGAGCCGUACGUAAUAGCGGCCGAAUCGGAGUCUUUUGUGGAGCUGUUAUGCGACGCGAAAUAUUGCGGCGAUUAUAGCGAACUCCUAGUGUUUGCGUUUGAAGGGUUCAAAAUCGGUCGCUUUGUGACCGUAACGGUGUUAGACGGCGCUCGUUAUGGCAACGAAAGGCGCCGACUAUACGGCACCAGCACUUGGAUAGUGCCCGGAGAGCGGGUCUGGAAUUCAAACAAACAUAUAUUCGACAAACUGUCCGCAUAUAAAGUGCCCGAACAGUUGUGGCGAGUGAUCGAAAACAACUGGUCAAUCGAUACCGUGUUUCCCGAACUCAAGCAGAGUCUCAAUAAAGACAACUAUAGACUGAAGUUUCACGCAUUGGUAUAUUUGGAAGAAUGUGAGAAUCAAUUGAAUCUCCAGACGUAUGACAUAACGGAGGCUCAGUUCCGACGUUGCGGUCGAUUCUUGGGUCUCACUGUCCCCGGACUGGCCGACGGCAGACCCAGUCUUAUAAUCAGCGACCGAGUGAUCGCUUUUGACGAUCAAAACCAGACCACUAAAGAAGACAAGAUCAUGGGUUACGAGGGAUUCAUUCAUGACAUCAAAAGAGAUGAGAUUCUUCUCCGGUUUAAUGACGACUUUCACCGGGACUUCAAUGGAGGCGUAUUUAAAGUGAUGUUUCAGUUGAGCCGAAUUCAAUGGUUUAACAAGUCGUUGAAUCUGCAGCAGAAACUGGCGGUCGUGGCAUCACUUAAAGGCCACUCCCGUCCCACGCCUUACAUCAUAUUUGGUCCGCCGGGCACUGGAAAGACGGUCACAAUAGUGGAGUCAAUACUACAAGUGUUUGAUAAGUUGGGCGACAGUCGUAUCAUCGCCUGCACCGCAGCCAACAGUUCUGCCGAUUUGAUCGCUCAGAAGCUCUUAGAGAGCGGUCGAGUGUCUGAAACCGAUUUGAUACGUGUGUCGGCAUUGCAUCGGUCUUCGCCAAUUCUUUUAGCGGGCGUUGUCUUCAGAUACAAGAUAUCUCCGUCUCAUUUCACGCAUGUGUUCAUCGACGAGGCGGCGCAGGUGACCGAACCCGAGUCAUUGAUUCCCAUUACGAUGAGCGCUAUCGGACACGGAGUGGUUGUGUUGGCCGGCGAUCACAAACAGUUGGGUCCCGUCGUUAUGUCCAAAAGAGCCAAAGACAACAAACUCUGUACAUCUCUUAUGGAGCGACUGAUGACCACUUGCGAGCCGUACGCCCGAAGCGAAGCCUACGCUAAGUAUGGAAAAUACAAUCCGAGAUUUACAACAAAAUUAGUGCAAAACUAUCGGUCAGACGGUCUGAUUAUGUCGAUUCCAUCGCAACUCUUUUACGACAAUGAGUUAGUGUUUAAUUGCGAAACUGAUGCCAAUCUCUUGGAUGCGUUGGGCUUUAAGUCUCCGCUUUGUUUCAUUGGCGUCAGAGGUGAUGACAGACAGGAGGCGGACUGUCCCUCUUGGUUCAAUCCACAGGAGAUAAUCCAAGUUUGCACUUAUUUAGAAAAGCUAUACAAAGCCGGAGUCAAACCCGAAGAGAUUGGAAUUAUAACUCCGUAUAGAAAACAAGUGACAAAACUGCGGACACAUAUGCGUGACUGCGGUUUAGAAGAUUGUCGAGUGGCCACUAUUGAGGAGUUCCAGGGCCUCGAGAAGCGGGUGAUAAUUGUAUCGAUGGUUCGCUCCAAUUAUGACAAUUUAAGUCAUGAUAUGAAAUACAAUUUGGGUUUUGUUCAUAACGCCAAACGCUUUAACGUUGCCAUCAGUCGUGCCAUGUCUUUGCUUAUAUGUGUUGGCGAUCCCUACCUCUUGAAGCGAGACAAGUGUUGGGCCAAACUUCUGGAGUAUUGUCUCGAGAAUAACUACUAUAAGGGCUGUGCGUUCGGCGAUUAUAAUCCUUUUAUAGCAAAACGUUCACCACUUAUGGGUUAAAGUGAAAUCAUUUUAUAAUUAUGUGUCAAUUUUUAAAUCAUUGUCG